AUGUCGGCCACCGUCUCGCACAAGACACUGUCGACCCUCUCUUCUGGCGGGGCCUGGGCAACCGAGUACAGCUCCCAGAAUCCAUCCGGCGGCCACGACCCGUACGCGUCCUGGAGCCAGGAAAGCAUCGGGUCUCCGGCCGGCUUCUCGUCGUCGCCACAACCCUGGGUCUGCACGCCGUCGCCGGGCUACGCCCACGGCGACGCGCAUGGUGGGUUCAACCCCAACAUCACCUUCCUCCAUGGUCACCCGACCCAGCCCACGCCCUCGCCCGCCUUCACCGGCGUGUUGUACCCUCCAUACACCUACUCGUCACCGGCCUACGCAUCCUCCCCAACGCCACCUCUUUGCCGAGGCGCGCUGCCCUUCUCACAAGGCUCCUCGUCGCAUCUCGGCGACACCGACACGACGGAGGCCGACAUGGACAACAUCAUCACGACCGACUCGGCCGCCGCCGCCGCGUCCCCCGGGUUCACUGCCCAAGACGACACAAUGGACCUCAAUGGCGACAUGGACGGCGAGCUCGACUAUGGCAAGGAGGAGCCAGAGGAAGAGGAGGAGGAGGAGGAGGAAGAGGAGUCGGCGCCUGCCCUGAUGAGGAAAAGGAAGAAGAAUAAGCGGGCGGUCAGGACCGGCGAGCCGCGCAUCAAGUGGGCGUCCAAGGAGGAUGAGUGCCUCGCCGAAGCGUGGAAAGUCGUCUGCCUCGACCCGAUCACCGGCACGAACCGGAGCAUCGACACGUAUUGGGACCGCAUCAAGGCCGAGUUCGACGAGCGCAAGCUCGUCGACCCUACUUCAAAGGCGUCCACAUGCAGCGCGGGUCGAAAGCAAUGGCGAACCAUUGGGGGCUCAUCCAAAUGGCGUGCAACAAAUGGCAUGGGAUCGUCGAGGAGAUCGUGGCUCGCCCGGAGAGCGGCGCCAGCAUCGAGGAUCAGCGACCAAGAUUUCAAGUACCUCCACGUCUUCAAGCGGAUCCAGAAGUGCGAGAAGUGGGCGGAUACCAGGCGCACCCUCGCCAAGGCCAAGGAGACGUACAAGCCGGACAUGCCGACGCCGGGCGCGUCUGACGGGCGCCCGGACGGCAACAAAGGGGCCAAGAAGGGGAAACACGCCGAGUCGGCUACCGCUCGCGUGCAAGAGUCCAUCGAGCAUUGCCUCGUCGACGCCAAGACCCGGGCCACCCAGCGGGAAGAGAAAACUGAGGCGCGGUGGUCGGCGUUGAUGACGAACAGCGCCGCCAAGCUCGACCUGCUCCGGACCAACGUCGCCGUGAAUAAGAGGAACGCCGACCUAGCUUUCCUGAUGGGCGGGGCGGACAUGUCGGCGACGGACGAGCAGGUCAAGGCGUGGUACCUGGCGGAGCGCGGCCUCAUCCUGAACCAGAUGACGUCGACGCCGCCGCCAACUCCCACGCCACGCCAACGCCGCCGCCAAGCCCGAGCGAUGAUGCCUCCACGACGCCCAGCAGCACAGAAGCCGCGCUGA